AUGUCGUCUGCUUACGGUAAAAUCCCCAAACCAGUAAACGCUGGCUCGUUGAACGAGUUGCUGCCCCUACGCAAGACCUUGCGAAACGGUGAAGAAGCAACACUGCAAGCUGUCGAUCCCACCAAUCCCAAUCUCGUCAAGCAUUUGCAUUCCUUGUUCAAUGGCGAACUUGAGCGUGGAUCCACAUAUCCUCAAGAAGAACCAUUGGAUGCUAAGCAGUUUGAGGACUAUUUUUUGGCUUACGAUGCCUUUGUUCUAGUCAAGGGUGGCCCCAUUGAAGCUGACAAGGAGUAUGAUUUUGAGGAUAAGGUACUUGGCAUGUACUAUGUGAAGCCCAAUUAUCCAGGCCGUUGCUCUCACAUUUGCAAUGGUGGUUUCUUUACAUCGCCCAUGCACCGAGGUUACGGAGCUGGUGUUGCUAUGGCUGAAACAUUCCUUAUCACCGCCCCUGCUCUUGGAUACAAGGCAUCCGUUUUCAAUCUUGUGUUCGCAAACAAUGAAGCUUCGAUUCGUAUUUGGGAACGACUUGGCUUUAGCCGUGUAGGUUGCAUUCCACAGGCUGCGAGAUUGAAGAACAGCCCAGAUCAGCUUGUCGAUGCAUACAUUUACCACAUGGAUUUCAGCAAGCUCAAGAAGACUGCUGCCGCUUAA